CGAGCCACAAGUCGUCCGGACCAUCUCACCGCACUCGUCCUCUCUCCACCUCUGCUGUGAUACCACAUCCCUGCGAUGGCACUCGACGAUUACGAUGGAGAUGCCACAGAGCUUAUGGAAACUUAUGACUUUCUCAUGAAGUACAUCAUUAUCGGCGAAGCUGCCACGGGAAAGUCGUGUCUCUUGCACCAAUUCGUGCACAACACAUUCAAGGACCAUUCGCAACAUACCAUCGGCGUCGAGUUCUCCAGCCGGACGAUCCGGCUAGGCGAGAAGCGCAUCAAGUUGCAGUUGUGGGACACGGCGGGGCAGGAGAGGUUUAGAUCUGUCACGCGAAGCUAUUAUCGAGGGGCGGCGGGUGCCAUACUUGUGUAUGACAUUACCAGCCGCGCGUCGUUCCAGAAUCUCUCGAGGUGGCUUGCGGAUGCGCGUGCACUUGCGAGCCCACACCUCGUCACCGUCCUCGGAAGAGGACGCGAAGUAGAAUGGGCAGAGGCGAGCCGGUGGGCGGCUGAGAACAACGUGCAUUUCCUCGAGGCGUCUUCGCUGUCAGGAGAUAAUGUCGAGGCGCCGUUUCUGCUCUGCGCUCAAUCAGGCCAGCUCGACCCGGACAAGGCUGGGAGGCUCGGGCGACUGAGCUUCGGCAGCCUCAGCCACGCCAGGAGGAAGAGCACCGUCAAGCUUAAACUUCCUGGGAUCACCAGCAGGUGUUGCUGACCUAUACCGCCCACCGACAUCACGACUUCUGGCUUGUUGAGCAUCUGGACUACGUAUUUUAUCUCGUUCAACAUCUCACGCUUCGCUCUCGCCACAAUCGACAACGACGCCGCACCAUCUUCCUCAUCUGCAUGCUAGACUACCCGUUCGGUAUACGGAUUCAUUCCUUCGUCUAUGAUUAUUUCUUCCUAAUCCUCGGAUGUAUCUCACUACUUGUAUGAGCUUAGCCAUGGACACUACUGGAUAACCUGUUGUUCGCUUCGCGCCAUUCAGUCCGAUGGAGCGCUAACGUCACAGGUACGUGCACGC